UUAACGUCCUGUUUAAAGUAAACAGGAUCAGUUUGAGUUGUAAUUUUUUUUCUUCUACCUGUCAGGCAGUUACUAAAAGAACUGUCAUGAUGUAAAUAUAGAGAUAAACUCUUUAAAUCUGAAACAAGGUCAAACAAUACUGAACAUGUAGCACAUUUCUUUGAGUAAGAAUUGAGAAUGCCCAAUGUUUUAAAUGUCACAUACCGUACUGUAAUGAAAUAAAGUAAAAGUUGGGCUGCAGCUGAAAAACCAAGUUGUUUAUUUACAUUUUGAUCAGGUAUUUUUAUGCCAGUCGACAGUGAUUUGACCAUCGAUACUUGGAAGUUAACUGAUAAUUGAUAAAUACAGUUGGAUGAAGAGGUACAUUAGCAUCUGCGGGAUAAGAACCACUUGUUCAUUUCUCCAGACUGCGUGAACAUUAGCGCCGAGUCAAAUGAGCAGUGUCUCUGUCGCGUGUGCUGCUGCUUGUUUGUCAUCUGUCACUUUUUCCGCAGAGAUUUCAGUUCCUGUUGAUCUUGAUCUGGGUGGGAGCACAUUCUGUCGUUUCACCCUGGAUCAGAUCUAAUAAUAGGCCCUGCGCUCAUUCCUGUGAUACGUCAGUCACCUUAUCCCGGUGAUCGUGACCAUGUUUGCCAACGACAUGUGGCUGACGUUUACAGAGGGAAAAGGUGUGGCCCUGGCUUUUCAUUACUUUGAAUAAUGGAGUGACCCAGAGACAGAAACAGGAAGUGAAGGGACAGAUAGGAUUGCAGCUCUGAAGAAGCUUGGGAACUUCAACUUGACUUCAAGCCAUCUCAGGUUUAGUGAUUCCUUCCUAAGGUGGUGGAACAGGAUUUAGCAUGAAUAAUAAUCAGCAUCUCAGCGCUUUCUAUGACAAUGUGGGUUUCCAGCACAAUGAAGAAAGACCCCCACCUUACAGCACCCAGCAGAAGCUGUACCCUUCUCUACCUCAGGAGAUUCCCAGCUACGUUGCUGUGACUCCCCAAAUCAUUAACACCCACUGCAGUGUGACAGCUGGAAUGCCACAUUUUACGAGGCAAAGGAAAGAUAUAAAGAAGUGGAGGUACGCCCUGUGUUCUGCGCUGGUCGGGGCCUGUGUUCUGGCUGUGAUUGGCAUCUUGCUCUGGUACUUCUUAUACUACCGCUGUUUAAUGGGAAAGCCAUGUAAGAGUGGAGUGAAGUGUCUGAGGCACGCUCAGUGGUGUGACGGUGUCACAGACUGUUCAGAUGGGGAAGAUGAAGCUAACUGCUUUCGCCUCUAUGGGACCAACUCUAUGCUGCAGAUGUACUCACCAGGCUAUAGGAUGUGGAUGCCUGUGUGUGCUGAAUACUGGGAUAACAACUAUGGGAGAGCUGUGUGUGAACAGAUCGGCUACAACAGUCAGGACUACGUGUCCUACAACCAGACCAGAGCAGGUGGUUUAGACUUGGCAGGAUACAUGAAGCUGAAACCUGGGGGCAACUAUGGUUCAGAUUUAAGCAUCCAAUUCACAUACAGCCAAAGUUGCUCAGCUAGAGCAGUCACCCUUCAGUGUAUUGCGUGUGGCAAAAGCUCUGCAGGCCCCAGUGGUCGUAUUGUGGGCGGUACCCACGCAGUAAACGGAGCCUGGCCCUGGCAAGUCAGUCUCCAGAUUGACCAACAACACAUCUGUGGAGGCUCCAUUAUCAGCCCUUACUGGGUCCUGUCUGCUGCCCACUGCUUCCAGUUGUACAACAAACCUCGGAUAUGGAUGGUAUAUUCUGGGGAUGUCAGCUUAUAUAAAAUGAGGUUUAGUGCUGGCAAAAAGGUGAAGAGUAUCAUCAAGCAUGAAGGGUUUUCACAAAUAAAUAAUGACAAUGACUUUGCUCUUCUAAAGCUGGAAACACCUCUGACGUUCACAGGAACUGUAAGACCAGUGUGUCUUCCCAUCUCUGGUGUAAACCUCUCUCUUGAGCAUCAAGGGUGGAUCACAGGGUGGGGGGCACUGCGCUCAUCUGGAUCAUCCCCUGACAUACUGAAUCAAGCCCAGGUGACCAUUUACAACAGAGAAACCUGUAACAGGCCUGACGUGUUAUCAGGACAAGUCACUGAGACCAUGAUCUGUGCUGGAAACCUUCAGGGAGGAGUUGACACGUGUCAGGGUGACAGUGGAGGUCCCAUGGUGGUCCAGGAGGGAGGUGUCUGGUGGCUCACAGGGGUCACUAGCUGGGGGAUCGGGUGUGCACUGAAGAACCGACCAGGAGUCUACGGCAAUGUGACCUACUUUAUCGAGUGGAUACACGAACAAAUGCAGAAUGGCUGACUGACUGACUGAUCACCCAUCAAGACAAACGCUCUUUUAAACCUGUAGCUGUUUUUUUACUUAAUUUGCACAACUGAUGUUCCGAAGAAACUUAUGGACCAGGAAAUUUUUUUACAGAACAUUCUUAACAUAUACCCAGCAGGCAUUUCAACAUUGAGGCAACGUUAAAACAACUUCAUAAUUAUGGUUGAAUGAACAUUGGAUUAUGUUUUGAUUUUAAAAGAUGAAUCAACAUUGAUGGGGCAACGUUAUUUCAACAUUAUAUUAUGGUCGAUCAUCAACAUUACAUUUACAAUGAUUUAUGGUCAAUUAUCAACGUUAUGUUUAGGUUGACUCAUGUUUUUUUUUAAUCAUUGUUGAUUUAUGUUUUUUUUAAUCAAGGUUACAUUUACAUUGAAAUAACUGCUGAUUUUGAAAGACGAAUCAACGUUUUUUGCAACGAUACCUGUUAAAACGUGGCUCUGAACCAAGCUAUAGAACUAACACAAUUAUAGUGUCACUCUCUAUAUCAAUAUAUACAACGAAGCAGUUCUUUGUUACAGAUGGAUUUAUUGCUUUUAUACUGUUUGAGUGCUUGUUGCUAAACUAAAUUAAAUAUGUAAAAAUGGAAUGCAUGAUGACCAAGGAAUAAUAAAUAACAUCAAUAAAUAAUGUAUUCAUGUAAAAAAGUAUUUACAUCUAAAUAAAGUCUGGCUAAUAAUGUA